AUGGAGGCGGCGUGCGCGCCGCGUCCGUGGCGCUACGGGCUGCUGGCGGGCUCCUACCUGCUGUUCCUGCUGCUGGGCGCCGCCGUGCUGGCGGCCCUGGAGGGCGCGCCGGAGGAGUCCCUGCGCCGGGAGCUGCGCGCCGCCGCCGCCCGCCUGCUGCGCGACCACCGCGCCUGCCUCUCGCGCGCCCAGCUGGAGGGGCUGCUGGAGCGCUUCGUGGCCGCCGGCAGCUACGGCGUCUCCGGCCUGGGCAACGUCUCCGGCGACGAGAGCUGGGAGUUCACCUCGGCGCUCUUCUUCACCGCCAGCGUGCUCACCACCACCGGUUAUGGCCACACCGUGCCUCUCUCAGACGGGGGCAAAAUAUUCUGUGUCUUGUACUCGCUCCUGGGGAUCCCGAUGACGAUGCUGCUCCUGGGCUGCCUCCUCCAGCACCUACUGCCCUUUGUGAGCUACCGGCCAGUGCAGUACCUCCACAUGCGCUGGGGUUUCCCGCUGGCUCACGUUGCCCUGGCACAUGCCAUGUUGCUGGGGCUAGCCACCCUCGGACUCUUCAUCCUGAUCCCAGCUGUCUGUUUCUGGGCACUGGAGGGCGACUGGAACUUCCUGGAGUCUGUCUAUUUCUGCUUCAUCUCACUCAGCACCAUCGGUCUGGGGGACUACGUACCCAAGGGAAGUUCCCAGCCCCCUCUGCAUGAGCUGUAUGAGAUCAGCAUCACCUGCUAUCUCCUUGUUGGUCUGUUGGCCAUGCUCCUGACUCUGGAGACAGCAUACCAGCUGCAGGAAGUCCACGCUGUCAUCCGCUUCUUUGCCCCUGCUCGUGACUCUCCCCAGGAGGAUGACGACCGUGCGGAAAUUCUGGCUGGGGACCAGUUUGCUUUGGCCACGGUGUCCGGGACAGCUUCCCCAGACAGGCCCAUGGAAAGAGGAGCCACUUGA